CAGUGGGAGAGGCUUUCCUUCAAGCUGUUAGUGUUUUAUCCUGGCAGGCUCCUCGAGGUUGUUGUGAGGAGUCUAGCCAGUUGGUGAGCUUUGUAAUCUAAACCAGCUGUCCCAGGCUGAGGCCCCCAUUUGCAUUGUUUAACAUACUUAGAAAAUGAAGUGUUCAUUUUUAACAUUCCUCCUCCAAUUGGUUUAAUGCUGAAUUACAGAAGAGAACUAAGCAAAACCAGGUGCUUUCUCUGUAUUCUCUCCAGUGUCUGAGGAGGUACAGACGGCUCCCGAUCCUCUCCAUUACUUGCCAUUUCAUUCUUUGGACUAUAAAUGACAGAGGAACUGAAGUGCUAGCAGAGGGUAAUGUUUGGAAAAACUUUCUAGUUGUUCAUCAGCACAGACUCUGGUUUUUUUCCACCUUUCCCCAACGGUUUUGGACAUGCAAGGAUUAAGAAGGAUACUGACUGCUUUCACACUGGCUGUCUGCCUUUCAAGCCCUGGAAAAGCACAGCAACAAUGCACUAAUGGGUUUGACCUGGACCGUGCCUCUGGGCAAUGCAUAGAUGUUGAUGAAUGUCGGACUAUUCCCGAGGCCUGCAGAGGAGAUAUGGUGUGUGUCAACCAGAACGGUGGCUAUUUAUGCGUACCCCGAACAAACCCAGUGUAUCGAUCACCAUAUCUGAAUCCUUAUUCAAAUAUUUAUCCACCGCCCCCAGCACCAGGCCCUGUUCCUAACUACCCCACUGUUACAAGACCUCUGAUUUGUCGAUUUGGCUUCCAGUUGGAUGAAAACAAUCAGUGUGCUGAUGUGGAUGAAUGCGCUUCAGAUUCUCACCAGUGUAACCCCACCCAGAUCUGCAUAAAUACUGAGGGGGGCUAUACCUGUUCCUGCACUGAAGGCUACUGGCUGUUAGAAGGCCAGUGUUUAGAUAUAGAUGAAUGUCGCUACGGCUACUGCCAGCAGCUGUGUGCCAACGUGCCCGGCUCCUACUCCUGCACCUGCAACCCAGGCUUCACCCUUAAUGAUGACGGAAGAUCGUGCCAAGAUGUGAACGAAUGUACAACUGAAAACCCUUGCACUCAGACCUGUGUCAAUACCUAUGGCUCUUUCCUCUGCCGCUGUGAACCUGGCUAUGAACUGGAAGCUGACGGAGUUAACUGCAGUGACAUGGACGAAUGCAGCUUCUCAGAGUUCCUCUGCCAGCAUGAAUGUGUGAACGGACCUGGUUCUUACUACUGUAUCUGUCCUUCGGGCUAUAACUUGCUUGACGAUAGUAGAAGCUGCCAAGAUAUCAAUGAAUGUGAAAACAGAAACUUCACCUGCACUGCGCAGCAAACGUGUUUCAAUAUCCCAGGAGAAUAUAAAUGUUUAGACCCAGUACGAUGCGAGGAGCCUUAUCUCCAGAUUAGUGAGAACCGCUGCAUGUGUCCAGCUGAAAACCCUGGUUGCAGAGAUCAGCCGUUCACCAUCCUGUACAGAGUGAUGGACAUGGUGUCUGGGAGGUCUGUGCCUUCGGACAUUUUUCAGAUGCAAGCAACAACUCGCUAUCCUGGAGCCUAUUACAUCUUCCAAAUCAAAUCAGGGAAUGAGGGUAGAGAAUUCUACAUGCGGCAAACGGGACCGAUCAGUGCUACUCUGGUGAUGACCCGCCCUGUGAAGGGGCCCCGUACUGUUGAGUUGGACUUGGAAAUGAUCACUGUUAACACUGUCAUCAACUUCAGAGGAAGCUCUGUCAUCCGGCUGAGGAUAUUCGUAUCACAGUACUCCUUCUAAACCUUGAGUUUGUGCCCUGGAAACAUGAAACCAAAAGAGACAGUUCCUCCUCUGCAGAACUCUCUCCUCAAAAGCCAGUACAUAUAGCAGCUCCAAACCAAAUCACUAUCUCUACAGACCCGGUGACCUAUGCCUGUCUGAGCAGGGAGGCCUCUUCAUGCACAGUCCCUACCAGUAUGCAGACAUCUGAAGAUGUAUUUUCAGCAGAUCCCAUGUGAUUCUCUAUGUGGUCAUGUAUUUUAAGGACUCUUCGCUGUAAACACUUCUAGGGCAUAAGUCUAUGUGAAAGACUGUGAACCUCUGUAGCUCCAAGGCUGCUUAGCAAAAAGCACCAAUGAAACUGAGGAAAAAGCUGGCUUUUGCAAUCUUGCAUUUUUUUUAAUUUUUUUUUCAUUAUAAACGGAAAGCAGACAAACAAGCAGAAACAGAAACAAAAUCCCCACCUAUCAAAACAAGGGAUCUCCGAAGUCCUAACUUGCAUUCCCAAUUAUCUCUGGAAUUAUCAGUCAGGCCCUUUGUCUCAAUUCACCCUGCAUUUGUCUUAGUUUCACCUGUUUUUUCUUUGAUUCUAUUUUAUAGUUAAAAUUCAUUGUAAAUUCAUUCCAAAAUACAUGUUGUACUAUGUAAUCUUUUACUUUCUUACAAAGUGUCACAUGUUUGGGUUCCUUCCUAUAUUAAAUCUUUCUAUAUAACAGAGUUUAGAGAAAUCUAUCACUGGAUGGUGUGUUUCACAACAUUUAGGAUUGUAUACUUAUUUGUACUCAAGAUCUUUGACACAGGCUUCCACUGCCAGAAUAAUUUCCAGAAUAAGUAGGGACUUUGGAGCAGAUAAGAAUCAGAAUUUUAUUUUUCCCUAAGUGUGACAGUUGCAAACAGUUUCUAAUGGUUACAAGGUAGUAAUACCAUCUCUGUAGUUACGGCUGCAACUAAUCUCCUGUUCAAAGAGUACUCAGGUCAGACGUGUCCAAAUUCCUUCAGAAAAAAUAAAUUGUUCUUUUCACCUGCACUGUCUCUCCUACAUUCCUAACAUUGGGGAAAACAAGCUGAAAAGGACUAGGACUUCUAUCAUUCAUGCUUCUACCAUAAAGCAGCAAUACCCCCAUCUCAAACAGCGGGAUCCCACAGUUUGCAUAGGCAUUGUUUUCUCAGGUAUAACUGCU